AAAGAGGUGUGGAAAAAUGAUAAUAGAAUUCUAAUUAUAUUAUAUUGCAAAGAUAUUGCAGUAUUUAGGACUACUUAUGGCAUAUCUCAUAGCCUACUUUCAAUACGGCAACUAGCUAAACCAUUAUUAGUUAGGUCAAAUAACCCCGCCAUAGAAGAUACACUUCCAAAACGUCUUAAAGACGGACUCUCUUCACAUUCCUCAUUUACAUCGCCAUGCUUAGUAUAGAGGUUAACUAGUGCUUAUUCUAACUAUUUGAAAGAUCCAGCGAUUAUUACAUCGUGGUAAGACAAGUCUUAAUGCAAUAUUUCUGACGCAACGCUUCUAACUUAUCUACCGUGGUUAGCUGGUGGCGAAGAUGGCGGGGCUAACCCAUGAUAAUUACACCGUUGGGUGGAUUUGCGCCUUGCCAGUAGAGAUGGCCGCUGCUAAACUCAUGUUUGACAAGAGUCAUCCUGGACUUCCACGAUGUCAACAGAGCGACCGGAAUAGUUAUGUAUUUGGAGAGAUUGCCGGUCAUAAUGUGGUGGUUGCAUGUCUUCCUGAGGGAGUCUAUGGGACCACCUCAGCGGCUGUCGUUGCUCAACAGAUGUUGAUUAGCUUUCCAAAUGUUCAGUUUGGCCUGUUAGUGGGUGUCGGUGGCGGUGUCCCAAGUGCAUCCAAUGACAUUCAUCUGGGUGAUAUUGUUGUCAGCAAACCAAAUGAUCAACAUGGAGGUGUUAUUCAGUAUGACUAUGGGAAAGCUUUGGCAGAUGGAAAACUCCGCCGUACUGGGUCAUUGAAUAAACCACCACAGGUUCUCCUGACGGCAAUUGCGAAUGUACAGUCGGAUCACCAGAUUGGGAAAACCUCGAUUCCCAAGAUCAUUCUCAAUGCAACUCAAACCAGCCAUGAUAUCCGAUCUAGGUUCAGUUCCCCUGGUCCCACAAAAGACCAAUUAUUUGAUAUAUUGUACCAUCACCAGGCCGAAUCUUUCGAUUGUGUUAACUGUGACAAUAAUCGAAUCAUCGUACGAACUCCGCGGGAUCCCAACAGGCCAGAAGUUCACUACGGUCUCAUUGCUUCCGGUAACCAAGUGGUGAAAGAUAGCAGAGUGCGAGAACAUCUGCAACAAGAGAUAGAUGUGUUAUGCUUUGAGAUGGAAGCAGCCGGAUUGAUGGACCAUUUUCCUUGUCUUACCAUACGAGGUAUUUGUGACUAUGCAGAUUCUCAUAAGAACAAGCAGUGGCAAGGGUACGCAGCUCUGACAGCCGCCGCGUAUGCCAAAGAGUUACUCUCUGUAAUAGCAGCUACAGAGGUUAAUAAACCUUCUAUGGAUAAAGAAUCGAUGACUAAAGACAAGUUUCAGGUUCCAUUCGAGUUGACAAACAUGCCUGCCGUGAAUCAUUUUAUCGGUCGUGGAGCUGAUCUCGGUCAUUUGUGGAAAGCUUUGCAACCAAAUGCAUCUAAUCGGCAAAAGGUCGCAAUUCUUCAUGGUACGGGCGGUAUGGGCAAGACGCAGUUAGCUAUCCAGUUUGCGCGGGUAUACAAAGAUGCAUUCACUGCUAUUUUCUGGAUUAAUGGCCAGGAUGAAUAUACCCUGAUUCAGUGUCUAGCUAGAAUCACUAGCCGACUUCAAGAGGGGCCAGCUAAUCUAGGUCCCAUUGAUGGAACAAAAAACGAAAACGAACUGAAAAAAGAUGCGCAGAAGGCCCUAAGAUGGCUCUCACAGGAUAAUAACACUCACUGGCUGUUGAUCUACGAUAAUAUCGAUCAGUACUCGCCUUACGAAAGUGCUCAUGGCAAUGAUAUAAAGCAGGGAACGUAUGAUAUUCACAAAUACCUUCCCUCUGCAGACCAUGGCUCGAUCAUCAUUACCACACGAUUACAACAACUCGCAGAACUUGGUACAAUAUCAUAUCCGGUGAGCAAAUUGUCUUUUAGCGAGGGGGUAGAGCUCCUGAAAAGAUGUUCGGGCUAUACUCAGACUUGUUCCAGUCCGCCAAUUGAUUUAAGCGUGAACGAAUUGGCGUAUCGCUUAGACGGAUUACCACUCGCAAUAGUACUCGCUGGCUCAUUUAUUCGUCGUACGGGAAUGAGCUUGACGAAGUAUUUGGAUCAUUACGAUAGAGCGUGGCGUGAUCUACAAGCAGCAGCAGAACCUCAUCGACAAUAUUCUAAUGGAAAUAUUCUGACUGCGUGGGCAAUAUCCUAUCACGAAAUCAACAAAAGGUCUCCAUACGCAACACAACUUCUCUACCUGCUUUCAUUUUUCUCCAAUAACGAUAUCUGGUAUGAGCUACUCCAAAAUGGCUUAAAUAUUCAAGAUCCACCACAAUGGUUCUCUGAUGUAAUCUCAAACGAGAUUACAUUUUCCAUGACAGUCAAAGUGCUUUUGGAUUUUUCACUCGUACAGCAACAUUUUAACACAGGCGGCUACUCUCUUCACCCUGUGGUUCAGGACUGGUGCGAGCACGAGCUGCCCAGAAUCGAUAUUGAUUUAGAAAAAUCAAAAGCGACCAAUUGGGCUUUAUCUACAGUUGCUGUAGGUUAUGGAGUGCCAAGGCCACUAGAAAAGAAUCGCUGGAUUCUGCAACAUCGUCUCCUUCCUCAUGCAAACCGCAUCUAUCAGUUGAUCAAAUACGAGCCGGAAGCACACUCGAAUAAUGAAGUGUUUUCUGCGUUUCACAAUAUUGGACGCCUCUUUUGGGAUCAUGGAAAGUUAAAGGAAGCUGGGGAAAUGUACCAGCGAGCACUUAUUGGACGUCAGGAUACUCUUAGUUGCAAUCAUAUCUCUACUCUUGACACUAUCCAUAACAUCGGAGUGCUCUAUCAUGAUCGAGGAGAUCUUAAAGAUGCUGAAAAUACGUUUCAAAAAGCACUCCUCGGUUAUCAAAAGACCGUUGGCUCCGAUCAUGCCUACACUCUUGGUACUAUGCAAAAUCUUGGGAAUAUCUAUAUGGAUGCAAAAGAAAUGGACAAAGCCGAAGACAUAUACCGGAAAAUCCUCCAUAUUUCUGAGACUGUUUUGCAUCUGGAUCGCACCUUUAUACUUGAUAUUAUUCAUAACCUUGGAAAUCUCUACUGGAAUCAGUCCAAACCAAAAGAGGCAGAGAUCAUGUACCAGAAAGCUCUAUCUGGUAAAGAAGACGCUCUUGGCCUAGACCAUCCCUCUACCCUCGACACUAUUCACAAUCUUGGAGUUGCUUACUAUGAUCAAGGUAAGAUUCAGGAUGCAGAAGCAAUGUAUCACCAAGCAUUAGCUGGUAAGAAGAAGGCACUUGGUCCAGAACAUACUUCUAUACUUGACACUCUCUACAAUCUUGGUAGGCUAUAUCACAACCAGCGAAAGCUGAAGGAGGCCGAAGAGAUAUACCAGCAAGUGCUGAAUGGUAAAGAAAAAGCUCUCAGUCAAGAUGACUUCUCCAUUGCUGGUACUGCUCACAAACUUGGAAUACUCUAUUCGCAACAGAGUAUGUUCCAUAAAGCUGAGGAGAUGUACCAGCGAGCGCUUCUUACUUGUGAACGCAGUCUUGGUCCAGAUCAUAUAUCUACUCUUGACUCAGUUCAUAGUCUUGGGAUCUUCUACUACCAGCAGGGUAAUUUAGAAAAGGCCGAAUAUAUGUACCAGAAGGCAUUCAAUGGUUUGAAAAUGAAAUUCGGGCUAAACCAUACCUCUACCCUUGGUGUUAUUAAUAACCUUGGAGUUCUUUAUCAGGAGCAGGGAAAAGUAAAGGAGGCCAAAGAAUUAUAUCAACAAGCAAUCAGUGGCUGGGAGAAGAUAUUUGGUUUUUAUCAUGUGUCUACUCUUGGUGCCGUUCAUAACCUUGGCGAUCUUUGUUAUAGUCAGGGAGAGGCGAAGCUGGCGACAGAGAUAUACCAUCGAGUACUGCUCGGCUAUGAGAAGUUACUGGGAUCGAAUCACGAAAAGACCAAGGAAGUACUAGAGAGGUUACACUCAUUGAGUGGAUAUAUUUCAAACUCAUAG